CAAUCUUCUUGCUUCUCCCCUUCUUGAUACGAAGUUAAUACGGAGCAUGUGGCAGCAUCAGUUCAAACAUUGUUGAUCUCCAUUCAUUGUAUUCUACCUCGGGGCUUGAGAGGACGCGGUUCGAGGUUUAACUUUAAUCUUUUACUAAGACAAAUGAGACAAGUAAAUUCAGGCUAUCUCAAAUUUUCCUUCAACCUGAAGAGCCCAUCUUACACCGACUGUGAUAUAAAAAAACUGGAAGGCAAAGAUUUGGAGGUUCGGAUGACCAAUUCCGAUGGCAAUGUGAUCACAGAUGGCCCACGGGCUUCAGCGAAAGUGAAGCUUUUGGCUCUACCGGGUGAUUUCGCUAGGGAUGGUAACCCGGGUGCGGAGGAGUUGGACGAAAAGGAAGUCAAGACCCGAGAUGGACAAGUUUCUGUAUUGAAAGGAAUUCUUGUUCGUAGGCUUGUCAACGGAACCUGCACCUUCUCUAACAUCCAAUUUAGGGAAGGGACGGCGGGGAACAGACCAAGAACAGCGUUCAUUCUUGCAGCAAGAGUCGUCGAUAGGAAUGAGGACAUUGGAGGCCAUCGGGUUCAGGAAGCAUUCAUGGAUCCUGUCGACGUGCAAACUUACCGAAGCAAGUCGAAUGCAAAGACGAACCAUCCAAAGUUAGAGGAUCAUGUAUAUAGACUGAAGAAAAUUUCGAAAAAAGGAAUAUGCCACCAGAAGCUCCAAGCGCGGAACAUAAAAAAUGUCGAGGAUUUUCUGAAGGAUUACAACAAAAAUCCUAAAGACCUCAGUGAUUUCCUGGGGAUAAACCAAGAAUCUGAGUCCUGGAAAACCAUGAUCGAGCAUGCAAAGGAGUGUGAUCUCAGAGACCAGCAUCAGCUGAAAGCAUACAAGGUUGUAGGACACCAAAUUCAUGCUGUGAUCUUCUUCAAUUGUGUACAUGAUAUUGUCGGGGCAAAAUUUAAUGGCAAUUACAUUGCAAAGGAGAAUUUCAAUCGACAACAAAAGGCCAUAGUUGAUGGUCACAAAAAGGAAGCAUACGAACAAAUAGAGGGCAUUGAUUUUCAUUAUAUAAUGAAUGAAAAUGGCAUCCCUAGUAAAAUUCCUGCUGGCAAUAAUACAAAUGUCUCUGGAGACAUGCCUUUGCCAACGCAAGACAUCGUACCACCACCAAAUCCUUAUAAUCACAAUGCACCAUAUGAAGAUCCUACUCAUCUCGACUACAUGAUCACUAUGCGUUGUCCAUGCCAUGAAAUCUGCAACACCGCUGCACUUAUUCCAGAAGGUGAUGGGUCAAUUCCUUUGAUUGGUGAUUCUCGGAAUGGCCUAUCAGUUAGUGAUUAUGAUGUUUCUGGGGACUUGCAGACGCAAGACACGGUACGACUGCCAAAUACUUCUGAUCAUAGUGCACCGUAUCAAGCCGAGAGCUUCAUCCGUGGGCUUACCCACGUCGCUCGAACACCUCCCUUGCAUGAAAGCCGCAACACUGCUUCACGUAUUCUAAGAGAUGUUUUUGGGGACUUGCCAAUGCUAGACGCAGUACGACUGCCAAAUCCUUUUGAUCAUAAGGCACCGUUUCAAGAAUGGCGCACCGCUGGUCCUAUGCAGAUUCCCGCUGAUGCGUAUGAUAGUUGGAUUCUUGAGAGCACGUUUCCGUCUGGUGAAAUUUCUGCUCAAGCGGCGGCGGCAUCAUCCACUCUGACUCAAGAUUGGCAUCCUGGUCAACAUGACUGGGAGUAAUGCCUGCCCUUAGCAAAGAACCAUUAUAAGAUGUAAGAUGGCAUACACACCGACGAGUGAUAUUACAGUGAGAGAAGACUUUCUUUAAUAAUCCACUAAAAUGGUGCUGUAUAUAUAUGUAAAUUGUGUACGUACUAAUAUUUUCGCCGAUAUAACAAUACUAA